AUGUCAUCCACCAGCUUUGCCGCUGCUCAGGAACGCAUUCUAGCACAGCAGACUGCCCGACAGCAAGAAACCCGCACUCUCACUCAACAAGCCGAGACUAGUAGUGGCCGCUCUUUGACGCGACUCGCUCAGUCGCUGGGACCCAAGUUGUCUUCAUUCUGGAUUACUUUGCUAGAUUCCGAGGGCACACGCCCAGCCUUUCGAGUGGGACAGGUGGAUGCGGAACUCCUCGAUGAAGAGUUGCUGGGGCUGUUGAAGACACAAGUGGCAGAUGCUUUGAAGUACCUCGGGCCACAUCUUCAGGAUGACUGGUCGCAAGAAAUUCUGCUUGUUCUCAGGGCGAUACUCUUCAAACUAUCCAUAUGGGACAACGAUGCUUCCUACGGCGCCGCCCUACAGAACCUCCGAUACGUCGACGCAAGAAAACCUGGAUUGGCCCUUCCGAAACCAACCAGGUGGCAAAAGAGUCUUUACGGCCUGUUAACGGUCUUUGGCCGCUAUGGAUGGGACAAAUGGGAGGAUUGGCUGAUUGAUCAAGAGCGAGGAUAUACAGCUCCUUCAGAGACCGUCCAGAGCUUGAUGCGGUUCACCUCCUUCCUCUCGACAACACAUUCUAUCGCCGCAUUUUGUUCCUUCCUGGUGUUCCUCGUCAAUGGCCGCUACCGAACUCUCACAGACCGUCUCCUGAGGUUGAGGCUGAUAUCACCGUCAAAUCAAGUCAGCCGUGAGGUCUCGUUUGAGUAUCUAAACCGUCAAUUGGUCUGGCAUGCCUUUACAGAAUUUCUCCUAUUCCUUCUCCCACUGGUCGGCAUCAGUCGAUGGCGGAGAUGGCUCGCCAGAGUAUGGAAGAAAACGAAGGACGCCAUGAAGUCACAAUCAACAGCAGAAGAAGACAAUGAUAAGAUAAAAAGCGGACCCCUGGCUUUCUUACCAGAAAGGACUUGCGCCAUUUGUUAUCAGGACCAGAACCCAACCUCGACAUCUGAAGCUGAGAUUCUGGGAGCGAAUUCAGCCGCUGGAGGAGGCGUAAUCGGCUCGGCCACUACGGAUGUUGUAAAUCCUUACGAAACCAUUCCAUGCGGCUGUAUCUACUGCUUUGUGUGCAUAGCUACCAAGAUUGAAGGGGAGGAAGGCGGCGGCUGGACAUGUCUUCGAUGCGGAGAAAUCAUAUAUAAGUGCCAGCCAUGGAACGGCGAUGUUGUCUUCGUCGGGAAAAAAUCCAACAACAAGGGCGCCAAAUCGGUUGGGUUUUGCGUUGCCAACGACGACUCAGAUGAGAACCCCCGAGAUGGGCCGUCUGAAGAUACACCCGAAAUGAUUGAUUCCACUUUGACCGAUAGCCAGUGGGCGAUUGCGGAUCAGGACUCUUCGAGCAGCUAA